AAAAAAACAACAAGCAUGACCCUUUGAUCACUCUUUAAUCGUUCUACAUCGGAAAUCUUGACAAUUAAUUUACUUAAACAUGAAUCCAAGCAGCAUGUCUGUUGCAGAACUGUUUGCUGCUUACAAAACUUGGAUUAGCAGCAAUCCACAACUCACGUCCGAUUUGGAAACUACCGUAAAAUGGGUAUCAUAUUUUCUAGCAGGACGGGUGCAAAAUUCCAGCGUCUUAUCGGAGCUCGUCUACUUGCUGUCAAAUCUUCUAGUCUUGUUCAACGACAGGAUAAUUCGAUCCGCAAGGCUAACAACAGUCGAACAAGGCAAAAGAAUUAAAACUUUCAUCACUGUGCUUGAGUACUCUGAAGUCUUCCUCGAAAUCGCUGCUCGGAAACUGUGGGGGAACAGAGGCAGAUGGGCAAUCGUCGUCAUUGUCCAAUUUUUCAAGUGUGUGUCUCGGCUUGUGGUUUUGCUGAAGUACAAGGAAAAGAUCACGAAAUGUCCUCCAAUUGCUCCGCUGCAGAGGAGCAAGAUUGCCAAUGGUGCUCAGGUGGAAACCCCCGCCGCCGAGCGCUACUCACAUUCCUUCACCCUGAGCUCGGGAAGGGUCAUUCGCACCAUCUCGGCCGCUCCUCCCCUCCACUGCCGAACGUGGACGGCCCCUCAGCCGCCCGCGUUGUCCGAGGCCGAGGAGGAAACUCUGGCCAUCCAGCACACCAGUGCAGAAGUCAUUUACAUUACCAAACCCAUGAUUCAUCUGGCCAGCUGCUUGGUCUUCGGUGAAACCAGCUGGAAGCCGUGGAUGUUUUCCCUGCUGAUGGACAUCACCAGCUUGCAGAUGUACAGGAAGAGCGAGGUGCACGUGACCAAGAAGCAGCGCCUCGAGCUGUCCAGGCGUGCUCUCUGUCUGCUCUUCUACAUUCUCCGAUCUCCUUUCUAUGAAAAGUACAGCAAAUCCCGGCUGCACAUCCUGCUUGAAGGGCUGUCGAACAAAAUUCCCCUUGCCCACCACAUUUGUAGACCCUUACAAAGGUACAUUCCAGAGUGGCAGGCUAUUUACUUCUACAUGUGGUCUUCCUGAGGCCAAACUAUGUGAGUAAACCAGUUGUUACAUGAUUUCUAGUUUUCAUUGGACCAAAUUGUCAAGGGAAGGUAUUUGCAUUUUUUUUAAUGUGUUUUAAAUAUUUCCAUUAUUCUUGUUGAUUAAAGUGAGCAAACUUUUAUACUUUGAA